AGUUUGGUCUUUUCGAGUUUCCGUAUAUACAACCACAAUAAUAUUCCACGACCCUCCGAUACUCCUGAUAAGCAUCCAUGUAACUAACUACCGAAAGGUCACGAGUCUGUUCAUCAUCUACUGAAGAUGGAUCCAAUGGAUAAAUAUAGGACAUAUGAAAGCAGUGGUCAACCAGAAGAGCUUUUUGAUCACUCACUGCAUUGGAGUGAGGUUAAAGAGGAGGCUGAAGAAUGUCCGAUUUCAGCUGUGUCUUUAGGAGUUGAAACAUCCCAGGUUUGUCUAAAGGUGGACCCUGAUGAACAAGAUCCCUCAUUUAGCACAGUUUCAGACAUCUAUGGAGUCACAGAGCAAGAGCGUGGACAUAAAGGCAUGACAUAUCUCAAAGUAAAGGUGCUGCAUUCUCCAGUCCCAGUCAAAGAGGAGUCUGAAGAAUGCUCCCAUCUGCCAGUAGAUGAAGAGGAAGUUGCCUUAAUUACAGUGAAGAAAGAAGAGAAUGAAGACUGGUUGAAGUCAGAAGAUGAGGAUGUUGUGAAAGUGCCAGUGCCUUGGGAACCAUUGGAAACAUCAUCAUCAUGCUCAGAUACAGAGGACAGUGAUAUGGAAAGUGAUAAUGUGAAAGACUGUGAAAACCAUGAGAGUGACAUUUCAGGAGGUUUAAAGAUUGAAGAUUGUAGCAGGAUUGAUCCAGUGAUGAUGCCAGUUACAGAUGUGAAAGCUAAUGCUGUCGAUUUCAGUGAAUCUAAAGGGGGGUCCUCCUUCUACCCAUGCCCCCAUUGUACACUUGGUUUCACCAUAGAACGUUUUUUCCAUGGGCAUCUCAAGAGGGCCCACCCUGAAGAGUACAUUGCUCUGCUGAAGUCUGGGGAAAUAAUAGCAACAAAAAAGAAGUGUUCACAGCUGCCCCCAGCCACAUGCCCGCAAUGUGGCAAGAGCUUCUCCAAUAAAUAUGUUAUGGAAAAGCAUCAGAGGAGUCAUACAGGAGAGAAGCCAUAUCACUGUGCAGACUGUGGGAAGAGCUACGUCUUUGCUGAUUCACUCAAAAAACAUAAAAAAAGAUGUGGGAAAGGAUUCCGAAGACAAACCCAUCUGACCAGCCAUGAAACGAUCCCCACAGGAGAGAGACCAUAUAAAUGCUCUCAGUGUGGAAAAGGAUACCGAACACCAGCCAGUCUAAAAGCACACCAGAAAACCCACCCAGGAAAAAAGCCUUAUCAGUGCUCUCAGUGUGACAAAUGUUUCGGCUUUUCCAGAGACCUUAAGAGACACAGAUGGACUCACACUAGUGAGAGACCAUAUAAAUGCUUUGAGUGUGGCAAAGGAUUCGUCGAACAAACCCAACUGACUAGCCAUGAGCUUAUCCACACAGGAGAGAGACCGUAUAAAUGCUCUCAGUGUGCAAAAGGAUACCGAAGACCAGCCCAUCUAAAAAGACAUAAAAUGAUUCACACUUAAUGAUUGCCUCAGGGGUAAGAAGUAAUUCUACUGGCUGGAAGAUUUGAUAACUUGGAACUUUGAUAUGCCUGUAGAGUAUAUCAACUCUGGAACUUUGAUAUUCCCGUAGUAUAUAUGUUAUGUAAAGUUCAACAAUAUAUUGGAAAAUUUGCUACAUUGAAAAUGUAUAUACAGUGGGGCAAAAAA